AUGUCUGAAGUUCAAUUCAGGCCAUCCGGCUCUCGUGGUCGGGGGUCUGCUCGUGGCGGCAGAGGUGGGUACAGCUCGAGAGGUGGACGAUCCAACAAGCCAGCCAAAGCAGACUCGGAAAAUAUGUCUGAGCCAUCGUAUGAAGAUGAAGGAGAAAUAGGCCAACUUAAGAAAAAGCAUGCCGGUAACCUUUCGACCAUAAAAGAACUUUUCGCAGACUGGACCGAUGAGGACCUUGUUUUUGCACUAGAGGAUGCCGAUGGGGAUCUAGAAAUUGCGAUUGAGCGCAUCACUGAGGGCAAUGUUUCGCAGUGGGGUGAGGUCAAAAAGAAGCACACUGAUCGAUCCCGUGUCAAGGCGAAAGAACCCCUCUCGCAGGCAGAAUCUACCUCAGCACCACCAAAUCGUGGAGGCCGUGGCCGUGGAGGUUUUGAAACUCGCGGACGCGCUCGGAGUGAUCGUGGUCGUGGGGGACGUGGUGGUAGAGCGGGUGGACACGUAAAUGGGACUCGUGCUGAAAAACCUGGGGUACAUGCUAUAGAAGAGUCCGAAGCUGCUGCUGCUGUGCCAGCUGACACAUGGGAGAAGUCGGAAGAAACUGCAGUUGCAGACAUUGCGGCUUCUACGGAACCAGGUACUACCGCUGUCGCAAACGAGCUCCAAGAACAGGCUACGCAAAAGAGCAGCCUUAUCCCAGAAGGUUCGAAGAAAGGCUGGGCAAGUUUGUUUACUCAACCAGCUCCGCCUCCACCUCAGAAAAAAGCUCCUCCUCCUGCUACAGCGACCGCACCUAAGCCUACCGAACCACCCCUCCAGAAACCGUCUGAACAUCCUUCAGAAGAGCCAGAAGUCGUCCGUCAAGCAACAGUCCCUCGCGCUGUGGAAACAUUAACUUCCACCCCCUUACAGACAACGCAUGUCCCAGUGAUUCCAAAAGAUGAGUUGACUCAAACAAACCUUGAGCGGGUUCCUGAUGUAUCGCAUCCACAGACAAGCACGACAGCAGCGAACACGGUGGCAACAAGCACCCCAGAGCAACCCAGCGGUACCGGCGUCAACGCAUCGCAAACCCGACACAUCUCAGGCUAUACUGCCACUGCGUACAAAGCUACCACUGGAUCUGGACGUGCGGCAAACUUACAGCGCCGUGUUAUGGAACAGCAGGAGGCCGUUGUGAUGCCUGGAAACCAUGCCGUUGAUCGUGCUGCGGUCCAAUUCGGAAGCAUGGGAUUGAACGGGCCAGUUGAUCUUGACAUUGACGAGGAGAGAGAAAAACCUGAAACUCGUGCUCAACCUCCUCAACACUCACCAGUUGCUCCCCGCGCAUCCCUCCCUCCCUCCACCCAAGCUCAAACGCAAGCUCAGCCCCAGACACCGUCGCUCUUCCUCGACCCGCACCUGGCUUCCCCUGCCCUUCCGGCAUCCCAGGAUGGCGUUUCGACACAACAGAGGGCCGGGAGCGGAUUUAAUGUCAGUGGUGCCGAUGUGCAACCUCAGGUCGCUUCGACGCAACCGCCAAGCCGUUUCACCCAUGUUGAAGCUCCAAGCAGUGGUCAAAAUACACCUAACCCCACACUGCCUGGCCAAACUACACAACCGGCUCAACAUGUCCCUCAGGCACAGGGUGCUCAUGGUGCCUACAACUAUGCUUAUCCCUAUUACUCCAACCCCCAUUAUGCGAAUACAUACAUGAGCCAAAUGAACCAGCAUCAAUAUGGAAGAAACCGCCCGAUGUACGAUGACGCAAGGAGAUACGAAGAACACUACCUUCACAACAACCAAUUUGGUUAUGGCAACCAGUAUGCUGCUCCCUACGGCGCCAAAGGCGGCAUGUACGCGCAGCCUCAGCAUGGAUUCUCUUAUGAUCAUGCUUCUUCUCCGGCUACUGCUGCUUCAUUCAACCAAAAUGUUCCUGGACGCGAAGCAGGAUAUGGCCGUACAGGCUCUGCUCAGCCGUCGGACGCCCAAACAUCAGGCCAUACUGCCUUCGGCGGAAUCCCGGACGUAUUCGGCCGGACACAAUCCGGAUUUGUCCAAAGCCAACCUAUUGCGCAACAGCAGCCAGUGAGCGCAGAGGAAACGGCAAAGGGAUUCGAAGCGCCCAAGGCAGGCGGGCCAAGCCCAUCUUUAGCUCAAGCAAACCGUCCAGGAUCCGCAACUAACAGUGGUCCUGGCCAACCCCAGGCUGGGCAGACGAGCUUGCCCCCUGCACAGGGUCAACCAACAAGCCAGCAGGGAUUCGGGGGGUAUCCUCAGCUUAACCCACAAUACAGUGGAUUAGGAAACCUUGGAGCGCAUCACCAGGGAGCCAAUGCAUCCCAUCACCAAGCCGGUGGAUAUGGCAAUUACGGGGCAGGGUUUAGUGGCAAUUACUACGGAAAUAGCGGUCGUGGAGGAGGAUGGGGCGGCAACUACGGUCAUUAA